ACGGGGUCGCAUUUUCGCGUCACUCAGACCUCCUCGCACACUAGUGGUCAAAUCGGCGACACAUAUUACCUACCCCCUCGGGGGAAUUACGUCCACGUAGUGGUCAAUAUCCCUCUCGGUGGGUAAGGCGCAGCACGUUGUUUUGGUUUGCUUUCCCACAAACCCCCCCCCCCCUUCCCACAAAGUGGGCACAGGGGACUGUGCGCGGACUUUCCAUUGACCACUGUGUGUAGGCUCACCUGUUUCCGCGACGACGCAUUCGCGCGCUCUGUGGCUUUGUGUGGGUAUAGUUUUAGAGGGCCCAGUGUUUGGGUGUGCGUGUGUGUGUGCGGAGUCGGUGGAUUUACCAGAAAACACAGAGGGGCUUCGGUGACGUUCCAGCCGUACCGCAGCCGUCAGAUCGUUUGCGAUCGCGAACGCGUGUACGGCGCGCGCUCUGUGUGUGAACGUAUCCUGCUCGCGUGUGGUUUUAAUGCGCAGACGAGGGAUUACGAACGUACGAGCGAGUGAGGGAUUGCAAGCAGAAGCUGUCCUCCAAAGACAGACAAACAAACAACAACAAGAAAGAUAAUAAAGACCCCCAAAACCACGGUCAAAAGUGACUAGUGGAACACAAAGCAGUGUGUGUGAAGUGUGAAUUAAGUUACGAUUGCUUGAUCACAAGCAACAAGAAAAUUAGCAUUAAAGAGCAUUUGUAGUUAAUAGUUUCCCAGUGAAGUAGUGAAAAUAAUAAAACCAACUAACAACAACAAAAUGGUUCAAUUUCAAAGGCUGACGCAGACCGCGAUCAUUCUGCUGGCUCUGCUGCACGCGAUCGACGCCAAAUCACAAACCUCCAAACAGUUGCGUGUUUGCAUCGUGGAGGGUGGCGGCAACUACAAGAAGGGCGCCCAGAACUGCCCGACGCUGGAGGCCGCCUCGAACGUGCGGUGCGUGUACGGGCUCGAUCGGCUAGACUGCUUGCGCAAGAUACACAAGGGCGCGGCCGACUUUGCCGCCUUCUAUCCGGAAGAUUUUCUUGCCGCGCGCUGGUCGGGCGUGGACAUACUGGUUACCAGCGAGCUGAGGUUUCACACCGAACACUUUGAGUAUGAGAUCGUGGUGGUGGUUGACAAUGAGGCCGAGAUUAAUACGGCUCGUGAGCUGCGGGGCAGCAAAUUCUGCCAUCCCGGGCAUGGGCUGAAAAACCACUGGACGGCGGUACUGGCUGAUUACUUCGAAACGAGACUAACACCGCGAGAAUGUGAGGAAGACCUCUCGCCCGUCGAAUCGAGACUCAAAUCGGUGUCCUCCUUCUUUGGACCGUCGUGCCGUGCAGGACCCUGGGUACCGGAUCCAACCGAGGAUCGUCGAUUAAAAAAGAAGUACCCUUCACUGUGCCAACUGUGCUACAACUCGUACCAGUGUGGAAUCGGCGACAAGCACUGGGGUAGACGCGGCCCGCUCUACUGUCUCACGAGCGGUGCCGGUGAGGUGGCGUGGGCCCGCCUAGAUGACGUGCGCAGUCAUUUUGGCUUUUCGGGGCUGGCGGCCGAAGCGAACCCGUCCGAGUACAGCUUUCUCUGCCCGGACGGGCAUCUGCAGCCGCUCAACACGCGCAAACCGUGCGUGUGGGUAGCGAAACCCUGGCCAGCGAUUGCUGCCAAGUCGAAAGUGGCAAUGGAGGUGCAGGACCUGGUGGCAAAGCUGUCCCACGAUGACAUCAACAGCUGGCAGAACGCGCUGCUGAUGGUGCUGGAAACGUAUCACGUUAAUAUCACGACACUGGACACGGUCAUACCGGUCGACGAUUAUCUGGACCAGGCGGUCGGGUUCCAGGACGCGUACAAUAACCCGGGCUGCAGUCCGAGCCGAUCGAUCGUGUUCUGUACGAAGUCGUUGCUCGAGAUGUACAAGUGCUCGUGGCUGCAGGAGGUGGCGAGUGUUUACGGGGUCGAGCCGGGGUUGCAGUGCAUCCGGGUGGACCGGUUGGACCAGUGCAUGGCCAAGGUACGGUCGGGCGAUGCGGAUGUGAUGAUCGUCGAUCAGGACAGUGCGUUGCGGGCGGAACGAGACUACGGGCUGCGUCCGAUACUGUACGAGUACUCGUCGAAUGCGCUGCACAAGUAUCUCAUUGUGGCGGUCGUUGCACGUGGCUCAAAUCUUCGAUCGGGUUAUGAUCUUCGCAACCGGCGUGCCUGCUUCCCGCAAUUCGAGGGAGCGGCCCACACCGCAGUACUGACCGCACUGCAAAACCAUUCGAUCGGCGACGUGCGCAACUUCUUCGCCGAAAGCUCGUGCAACUGGAAGAGUACGAGCCGCUGUUCGGCGGUGUACGACGGCGAGGACGGUGCCAUGCGCUGCCUGCAGGACGGGGUGGCCGACGUUGCCUUCGUGAGCUACGAAACGUACAAAAGCAUGAAGGGGCCGGACAAGAAGCAGCAACCCACGGACUGGACCAUCUUCUGCCCGUUCAACAAACCGGUGAAGCACAAUGCGCUCUGCUACCUCGGCUGGACGGCGGUCGGGCGCGUCAUGAUUAGCAACGGCACGAUCGAGCGGCGGCAGAAGGAGAUUUACAAUGCGCUCAAAGACAUUGACAAGCUUUUCGGGCGCCGGAACGGUCUGAAGGCGGAAGCAUUUAACCUCUACGGUCUGUUCGAUGGGCGCAGCGAUGUGCUGUUUAAGGACGGCACGGAGAGUUUGCGCAAUCGGCAGGAAAUGAUGCGCGACAAGAGCGAUGGGUUCUUCGAGCCGACCGGUGGUGCGUAUCUGAUGCAUAGCGCUAGUGCAAUGCUUGCGAACAACAGCAACGGGCUGCGGAUGGAGAUCAUUACCGAGCCGUGGUUCCCGGAGGUGAUACAGCAUCUGCGGCAAACGUUCUUUGCCGACGAGCCCCUCAACAAGGCCGUCAGUCUGUGCCGUCCCGGCGAUGGGCACACGCUGCUGGAGAAGCACAGUCUCUCGAGCCUUCGCGACGGUAUUAGUGUCAUGGCAGUGACGAACAGUGGCGAGAUAGCGGGAGUGGUCGUGAACGGGAUACUGCACGGCAACGAGGAUACGGGCCGUGCCCUCGACCGGCUGGCCGAGAUGGAUGAUGAGAAAUUCCGCAAAAUUUUCACCCUCCUGUACGAGGAAAAUCUGAAGAUCGAUCUGUUUGAGCAGUUUUCGGUGGAGAGCAUCUUUGAGAUACGCAUCCUAUCGGUGGACUCGAAGUUUCGAGGACAAGGAUUAGCGAAGGAGUUGAUGAGAAAAAGUGAAGAAGUGGCACGCACCAACGGAUUUCAGCUAAUGAAAACCGACGCCACGGGGCUGUUCUCUCAACGGGUGGCCAGCUCGCUCGGGUUCGUCACCAGGCACGAGGUCAAGUACGAGGACUAUCUCGACCAGGACGGUGUUCAUCCGGUGUUUCGGGUCGGACCGCCGCACGAUCGGUUGAAAAUUAUGUACAAAACACUGUGUUAAACACGUGUUCUUACACAUUCGAAAGCUCAUAUGCUCAAAUCGUGUGCGUCGUACACACCACACCAAAAGGGAACCAAAACAUUGGGGAAAAUAGGCUUUUACAUCUUUUCCCCCCACAAAACCAAUCAUUGUUACUCACUGAGCUGUUAUCUAUAAUGUGUUAUCUAUAUAUGGAAAUCGGUGUCAGUAUGUGUGUGCGUGUGUGUUAGUGUGUGUGCAAAAUAUUAUUUAAGAUUGAAUUGAUGGCAAGCAAUUGUUUGUGUGUACCGGUGCCAUAGGCAUUCCGAGGGACGAUAUAUUGUAAUACACUACUUAAAGGCAACGUUGUUUAAUCUAACAAGCUAGUAUACCAAAAAAAGAAAUGCAGUAACUCCAAACGAAAGAUCCACAAACAACAGAAGCAACCAUCCAAUAUGAUAGAGCGAACAUUUGUCGGUUUAUUCCCUGAAACUGGCGGCAUCAAUCGCGAAGAAAAUUCUUAUUAGCAAACAAAAUAAUAAUAUUACUUUAAUGCUUAAUGCCAAUCAGUU